ACCAACACUCACACCGCCCAGCCCAGCACCCACUAUGGCUGACACCUGCUGCACCAGGACGUAUGUGAUUGCUGCAUCCACCACGUCUCUCUGCUCCAAUGACCUGAGCUGUGUCAGCCGAGUCUCCUCCCCCAGCACCUGCACCGGCUCCUCUUGGCAGGUGGACAACUGCCAGGAGAGCUGCUGCGAGCCCCCCUGCUGCACCUCCAGCUGCUGUGCCCCAGCCCCCCGCCUGGCCCUGGUCUGUGCCCCAGUGAGCUGUGAGCUCAGCCCCUGCCAGUCAGGCUGCACCAGCUCCUGCACACCCUCAUGCUGCCAGCAGUCUAGCUGCCAGCCGGCUUGCUGCACCUUCUCCCCAUGCCAGCAGUCCUGCUGUGUGCCCAUCUGCUGCAAGCCCGUGUGCUGUAUGCCUGUCUGCUGCAAGCCCAUCUGCUGCGUGCCUGUCUGCUCUGGGGCUUCCUCUUCAUGCUGCCAGCAGUCUAGCUGCCAGCCGGCUUGCUGCACCUCCUCCCCAUGCCAGCAGUCCUGCUGUGUGCCAGUCUGCUGCAAGCCUUUCUGCUGUGUGCCUGUCUGCUCUGAGUCUUCCACUUCAUGCUGCCAGCAGUCUAGCUGCGUGAGCUGUGUGUCCAGCCCCUGCUGCCAGGUGGCCUGUGAGCCCAGCCCCUGCCAAUCAGACUGCACCAGCUCCUGCACACCCUCAUGCUGCCAGCAGUCUAGCUGCCAGCCGGCUUGCUGCACCUCCUCCCCCUGCCCGCAGGCCUGCUGUGUGCCCGUCUGCUGCUGUGUGCCCACCUGCUGCAAGUCUGUGUGCUGUGUACCCAUCUGCUCUGGGGCUUCCUCUCUGUGCUGCCAGCAGUCUAGCUGCCAGCCAGCUUGCUGCACCUCCUCCCCGUGCCAGCAGGCCUGUUGUGUGCCCAUCUGCUGCAAGCCCGUCUGCUGUGUGCCUGUCUGCUCUGGGGCUUCCUCUUCGUGCUGCCAGCAGUCUAGCUGCCAGCCGGCUUGCUGCACCUCCUCCUGCUGCAGACCCUCCUCCUCCGUGUCCCUGCUCUGCCGCCCCGUGUGCAGGCCUGCCUGCUGUGUGCCCGUCCCCUCCUGCUGUGCCCCCGCCUCCUCCUGCCAGCCCAGCUGCUGCCGCCCGGCCUCCUGCGUGUCCCUCCUCUGCCGCCCCGCGUGCUCCCGCUCGGCCUGCUGAAGCCUCUGCUCAGGCCAGAAGUCCAGCUGCUGAUGGCCCUGGGUGUCAUCCAGAGUCCCUUCCCGCCUGGGGCUGACCUCCCAGCUGCUGCAGCCAG